AUGGACGUAGGCAGAUGUCCAUCUGUUGUGCUCAAAGAAUGCGUUAAUCUGUUUUUCAGCUAUCAGAGACCGUUUUGCACGAUCGUGGAUCGCGAUGAGAUCGAGCAGGGCUUGCUCAGUCCCAUGGAUGAUUAUCGCCAGUCCACGUAUCUUAUCCAUGCUGUGUGUGCCAUGGGGGCGCUGAUGUCUGAUGACCGUCACGUUCGCGAACUGGCUAAUCCAUUCGUCGCCUCAGCCGAAAGUAAACUCUCAGAAACCCCCUUCUGGCAUUCACGACUCGAUAGGGCGCAGACGAUGCUUCUCAUCGCAGUGUUCGCGGCUGGUAGAGGUCAUAUCUCGAAGGCCUGGAUAUACUCUGGUAUGGCUAUCCGCAUAACACAAGACCUUGGCAUCGAUGAUAUCUGGUCCUUGAGUGCUGGUCAAGGACCUCAGAGUGCGCUCUCCACUGUAGUGGAGAAGCGACAGCGCAUGUCUUUAACCUUCACCAUAUCCGAUAAGUCCCUACAGCCAUAA